AUGGCAAAUUCCUCCGACGAAGAAGCGGAUUCACGGACGGCAUCGGUGGGCGCACAGCGUGCGAAGAACCCUCGUUCCACGCGCUCUGCCUCGCGCGACAGCACGCGGCCAGCAAAGAGACAACGGCAGAAUAAAAGUCAGGAUGCGCCUGAUCAUGCGGACUUCGUUCCUCGGGGCGGUGCAUUUACUGCCACCCCCCUUGAGGUUGACUCCGAUGCCACUUCCAGCUCUGGUUCCUCAGACUCAGACUCCGACUCCGACUCGGCCUCUAGCGCGAACGACACCGCGAAUCCACACGCUGGAAGCACUGCGCCUGCCAUCAGCUGGAACCAAGGAAAGAAGAAGGCAAUUCGUACAACUCUGGGAGGAAAGCGAGCCGAACCGAUGGAGAGCAAUACUGAGAAGUCCGAGCAGUUUGAUGCUGUGAAUGACAAAUACUGGCGCAGUCGCAGUGACUCUGUCUCGUCAGCUGGCAGUGAGACUCGCGCACGGAAGCAACCUCGAAUUCAAGAAGACCUGGAAGAAGGUGAAAUUGACUCAAAGAGUGAGUCCGACGACUCAGAUUCUCUUGACUCUGAGGCCGAUGAUUCUAUCCUAUUGAACAUCGGGUCCAAGGAGAACGGAAUGGACGAAGGCGAAGACUACGAUCCAGAACGCCUCAUGCCCGAAAAUGGGUUACAAAAUGGAACAACCGCUGCAUCAACUUCCAACGGUGUCGAAUUGGCAUCUGGCUCUCAAUCAAAAGAAGACGCUUUCCGCCGCUUCGCACUUAAGUACCCCACAGCGCCUACGUCCCUGGUGGACUUGAACAAGAAAGAUCUCGAAACUCAGUCUCUUUAUGUAUACUUCGACCGCAACAUCCACGACCUUGACCUGAAACUUCCCGUUUCUUGCAUUGAGUGUCAAACUGAGGGCCACAUGGCUGACAUCUGCCCAACAAAAGAGUGCUCACACUGUGGUUCUUGGGACAAACACGCAAGCGUCGUCUGCCCAAUGUGGCGAAGAUGCCAAAAAUGUCGUGAACGAGGCCACGACGAGCAACAGUGCACAUCUAAGCUACGAAGCCAUGCAUCAGAAGUGCCAUGCGACAUGUGCGGCCAUGAACACCUCGAAUCAGAAUGCGACUUUUUAUGGAAAUUCCCGUCCAGAGACCUGCACUCGAACCAAGUAUCCGUCUCAAUCUCCUGCGCCAACUGCUCCAGCGCAAAGCACCUAGUAGGGGACUGUCCAGACCCCUAUUUAAAACUUAGCACAUCAUCCUUCACCACAAAAGGUCUGGACCCAGAAAUGAUCACAAACCUCAACACAGCCGAUGGACCCCGACGCACCGGCCGUCCAGCACCACCACCACCACGCUCCCGCGGAAAUGCCGGCAGGCCUGGCUCCCGCGGCGCGGAAUGGUCCCGCUCCUCCUCUGAUGAUGAAAAUGACAUGAUGUCCCGCGUUUCAAGAGGACGAGGCCGACCUGCUCCCGUCCACCGCGGCAACAACAGCCGUGGCAACAUCAAGUUCGGCAAUAAUGUCGGCACUGGUCGUGGUUCGUCUCGAGGACCACCCUCGGCUCCCCGUGCUCGUCCCCAAUUCCCUGGAAAUGGAAAUCGGCGUCGCUCUCCCUCGCCGCGUGCAAGAAAUCCUCCUCCACCGCGUGGCGGUGGCGGUGGCCGGGGUCGUGGGCCUUCGAGAGGUCCUGGGCGUGCUCGUGGGUCACGGGGUGGUGGCAGGGGUCGAGGACGGUAA